ACACAUAGGCAUGAUUGUAUUUGUGUAGUUGUGUACAAAUGAAAAAUGUUUGCCAAGUGAAUCUGACCAUUGAUAUCCCACCAACAGUGCAGACACCCUCUCUGAAGCAUAUAAAAGAAAGAGGCCUUUCAACUGUCCAACAACACAGAUCACACACUCAAAAGCCUUGGACAGAGACUCUGACACCAACAUGCUCUUGUUCCUCUUCUUGUUUGGUGUGGCUCUGGGUGCUGAGCCUCCUUCAGACGACCAGCAAGUGAUGCUACAGCAGGCUAACUGCUCCACGUCAUGGAACAGCUUCAACGGCAGCUGCUACAAGUUUGUCGCCACACGAAUGACCUGGGCUGAUGCAGAGCUCCACUGUGUGUCACAGAGAGCCAACCUGGUGUCUAUCCACAGUCUGGAAGAAAACAAUUUCGUCGAAUCCCUGAUCAAGAACUUUGAACGUUUUCCGGGACACACCUGGAUCGGAUUCAGUGACAUCCACAAAGAAGGCAGCUGGAUGUGGUCUGAUGGGUCUGUGGUCGACUUUCUCCUGUGGGAUGAACGACGGCCAGACAAUGCUGCAGGAAUUGAACACUGCGGACACAAAAACUUCAAGAGGGGUUUAAAAUGGAAUGACGGCCCAUGCUCUAAUAUAUUUACCUUUAUUUGUGCAUAUAACCUGAAUUGUCCUUAGCAACAGAGAGGUUUGUCACAUUCAAAUCAGUGGCUUUCUACCUCCUUAAAGAUGCAAAUGUGUGAGCGUAUGUACAAUUUCUACUUGUGAAUAAACUCAAGUUUUGGACUCCCAUCAAAAAAUUUUGUUU